AUGGCGACUGAAGAAACGGGAGCAUUUGAUAUUAUUAUAGUCGGUGGUGGCCUGGCAGGCUGCGUGGUGGCAUCAAGGCUUCGACAGCGAAAACCCGCCCUGUCAGUCUUGGUGAUCGAAGCAGGGGAUGAUCUCUCUGAAAAUCCUCAUAUUUACUCUCCACAUAAAACAGCCCUCCUUCUUGGUUCCGACGCUGAUUGGAAGUACAUGAGUGCUCCCCAGACUAAUCUGAAUGGAAGGUCUGUAUACUACCAGGCAGGAAAAGGUCUAUCAGGGAGUGCUGCAGUGAAUAUGGGAGGAUGGGUUCGUGGUGAUGCGCAAGAAUACGAUCAAUGGGCAGAUUUGGUAUCCGAUCGUCGCUGGAGUUACUCAGGCCUUCUACCAUAUUUCAAGCGAACGGAAAAUUACCACAACAGACACGGAGACCGAGAACAACACGGAUUUGACGGCCCAAUUCAUACAUCUUCUGUCUCUUCGAGUGGGCGCCAGUAUCCACUACGAGAGACAACUCGGCAAGCAUGGUGUAAUGUCGGGCUAAAGGUAAUCGCUGAUGCAAACAACGGACGUCCUCAGGGGGUCGCAGAGCUUGUCAGUAAUUGGCGUGAUGGACGGAGACAAUUGACAAGUGAAGUAUAUCCUCAAGACGGAGUUAAGAUCGUGACGAAUGCCUUGGUCCAGCGUGUCAUACUCGAUAGUAGCCAAACGGCCACGGGAGUUGAAUUAGCGGAUGGCCGAACAUAUUCUGUCCGCAGUGGUGGAGAGGUGAUUAUUUCCGCAGGAGCCUUGAGAACUCCACAGAUAUUAUUGCUCUCAGGUAUCGGCGAUUCCGAGCAGUUGUCGAAACACAAGAUUCCGGCGCUCGUCCAUCUUCCGGAUGUUGGGCGAAAUUUUCAUGACCAUCUCAUGGUCUUUCGAUAUUGGAAGUUGCGGGAGCCUGAGAAAGGUGUCGCAUUUGGGUCGCCGCUCUUCAAAGGACCAAAUUUCGAGAAAGGGGUGCCGCCAGAAGACUGGUUGGUGACCACGACUGUUUCUUCGACAGGUCUCCAGUCCGCUUUAGCCAAAGACGAAAACCGUUCCGACCAAGUCGACCAAUCCCUGGCAGACCGUCCGCAUAGUCAUUUAGAACUAACGACUAUCUAUGCUGCAUUUGGCGGAGAACUGAUUGGCUUGAACAUCCCUGUAGAUGGAAGCGCCAUCAUGAACUUUUAUAUGGGCUGCUUACCUACGUCUCGGGGUUCUAUUACUCUUAAAUCCGUAGACCCGGGGGAUGCUCCAAUUAUCGAUCCCAAUUUCUAUGCGACAGAAGCCGACCAGUUUGUCAUGCGUGCGGGCUGGAGACUAUUAUCAAGGCUCAUGCUCGAGACACCCGAAGGUAAUGACCUCGUUGCAGAAGAAAUCGUCCCUGAAGGCCACCGAUCGCUCGAAUCCGAUGCACCAGACAACCUUAUCGACGCACGCAUUCGUAUGGGGGGGAUGACAGCCUCCCAUUUUGCGGGCACAGCUAGCAUGGGUAGUGUCGUUGACGGGUCUUUGAAAGUACGAGAUACGCAGGGGCUGAGGGUCGUGGACGCCAGUGUGAUUCCAAUACCCCUAGCAUCUCACUAUCAGGUGGCGGUCUACGCUAUUGCCGAGCAGGCUGUUGAUAUUAUUCUUCAGGAGAAUCCAAGUCUCUAA